UCUAUGCCCUGGCCGUUCUGCCAACCCCCGCCGCGCGCUGCGGGAGUAUAAGCCAGCCCUGCUCUGCACUUCCAGCUGCGUCUGCCCGAGCGCGGCACGUGCUCCCGGCGCUGGCGCAAGAGAGCGAGCGCCACCGCUGCGGGCCCCGCAGCCGUUCUGCCUGCUGUCACCGCUGCCUCCAUGGCCGACACUAGCGCUCCAGCUGCAGCCAAGGCCGCUACGAGAGCGCAGGAAGCCCUCGAGGAGCGGCUGCCUGGGGGCGCAAGGCUCAGGGCGCGCACCUGGUUUAGAAGAUCAUGACCACAUGGAUCAUGUAACUAAAUGGUACAUGGGGACACAAUGGUCCUUUAGAGAAUACAUCUGAAUUGCUGGCUAAUUUCUUGAUUUGCCACUCAGCGCAGGACAUCGCUUGUUCGUAGCUAUCAGAACCCUCCUGAAUUUUCCCCACCAUGCUAUCUUUAUUAGCUUGAACUCCUGUCCUAAAAUGGUCCUUCUGUUGAUCCUGUCAGUCUUACUUUUGAAAGAAGAUGUCUGUGGGAGUGCACAGUCCUGUGAGAGGAGGGUGGUGGCUCACAUGCUGGGUGACAUCAUUAUUGGAGCUCUCUUUUCUGUUCAUCACCAGCCUACUGUGGACAAAGUUCAUGAGAGGAAGUGUGGGGCAGUCCGUGAACAGUAUGGCAUUCAGAGAGUGGAGGCCAUGCUGCAUACCCUGGAAAGGAUCAAUUCAGACCCCACACUCUUGCCCAACAUCACACUGGGCUGUGAGAUAAGGGAUUCCUGCUGGCAUUCGGCUGUGGCCCUCGAGCAGAGCAUUGAGUUCAUAAGAGAUUCCCUCAUUUCUUCAGAAGAGGAAGAGGGCUUGGUACGCUCUGUGGAUGGCUCCUCCUCUUCCUUCCGCUCCAAGAAGCCCAUAGUAGGGGUCACUGGGCCUGGCUCCAGUUCUGUAGCCAUUCAGGUCCAGAAUUUGCUCCAGCUUUUCAACAUACCUCAGAUUGCUUACUCAGCAACCAGCAUGGAUCUGAGUGACAAGACUCUGUUCAAAUAUUUCAUGAGGGUUGUGCCUUCAGAUGCUCAGCAGGCAAGGGCCAUGGUGGACAUAGUGAAGAGGUACAACUGGACCUAUGUAUCAGCCGUACACACAGAAGAAUAUGCUUAUAGGCAUGGAAUUGCAGAGGCUGCUGGUCUUCCAAGUAUUCCUGUUCAUCCAAUUGGAUACUAUGAUGCACAGAAGCUCCUAGAAUACACAGAUAUGGCCGGGCGCGGUGGUUCACGCUUUGGGAGGUCAAGGCGGGUGGACCACUUGAGGUCAGGAGUUCGAGACCAGCCAGGCCAACGUGGCAAAACUCCAUCUCCAUUAGACAUACAAAAAUUAGCUGAGCCUGGUGGCACAGGCCUGUAGUCCCAGCUACUUGGGAGACUGAGGCAGGAGAAUCACUUGAACCCAGGAGGCAGAGGUGGCUGUGAGCUGAGAUCACGCCACUGCACUCCAGGCCUGUGAGACAGUAAGACUCCAUCUUAAAAUAAAAUAAAAUAAAAUAAAAUAAAAUAAAAUAAAAUAAAAUAAAAAUAGAUACACGGAUACUUGCCAUUGUGUUAUAAUUCUACAGUAUUCCGUACAGUAACAUGCUGUCCAGGUUUGUAGCCUAGGAGCAAUAAACCAUACCAUAAAAGACUACCAUAAAAGUCUAGGUGUGUAGUGGGCUAUAUCAUCUAGGUAUGUGUAGGUACACUCUAUGAUGUUUGCAUAAUGAUGAAAUCACCUAAAGAUAGGUAACAACACUUGCAUGCAUGUGCCUUCAAGAUGUGUUGUUAGCUCAAAAUUAAUAUUACAUCGUGAAAGGUUGGGACUAGGAAUAAUGGCUUACGCCUGUAAUCCCAACAUUCUGGGAGGACAAGGUGGGCGGACAACUUGAGCCCAGAAAUUCACGUUCACCCUGGGCAACAUAGUGAAACCCCAUCUCUACAAAAAAUACAAAAAUUAGCCGAGCUUGGUAGCAAGCUCCCGUAGUCCGAGUUACUCGGAUGGAUGAGGUGGGAAGAUUGCUUGAGCCCAGGAGAUUAAGGAUGAAGUGAGCUAUCAUGGCGCCACUGCACUCCAACCUGGGUGACAGAGCAAGACCCUGUCUCAAAUACAAAAAAUGGAAAAAAAAAAAAAAAAGGAAAAGAAAGCUUGGUGGAUUUACCAAACAUACCUUACUGUCAAGGUUCUUCAUUGUUAAUAGAUCAAGGGGCUUCAGGGAAUGUCCAGUAGGUGAAAUGAAGUAAAGACACAUGUGGACAUGAGAAUCAUGAAACUCAAAAAAGGAACAUUUAAUCUUCAGUUAUUCUUGAAGAUAGGCCUUAAAUUGGGCAUCUAUGUAGUCAACUAUUUGUUGGUAGCUAAGAAAAUAAUUUAUACAUUUAGCGUAGCAAAUAAAAUCUAAAUCCUGCUUUUUUUGACAACUUAAGAGUUAACAUGGAUGCUAAGCAGUUUUCUGUAAUGAUAAAGAAAAAGUUCAUAACAUGUCCAUACAAAGAUAUUAAUUCCAAACCAGUAAUAAGUCUCAUGCUUUACUCUAUGGUUAUGUAAAAUGUAAACAUAGAGGAAACCUGGGUGCAUCCGACAGAGGACUAGUAUCUGGAAUAUACAAAGACUGCAAGCAACUAAACAAUAACAGCAACAACAACAAAUAAUUCCAUUAAAAAGUGGGCAAAGGACAUGAAUAGACAUUUUUCAGAACACCAAAAUACAAAGUAAAACCACAAUGAGAUAUCAUCUUACCUCAAUCAGAAUGGCGAUUGUUAAAAAGAUAAAAAAAUAACAGGCCAGGUACAGGGUCUCAUGUCUGUAAUCCCAGCACUUUGGAAGGCCAAUGUGGUAGGAUCACUUGAGGCCAGGAGUUUGACAACAACCUGGGCAGCAUAGCAAGACCCCAUCUAUACAAACAAUUUUAAAAAUUAGCCAGGCAUGGUGGCAUGUGCGUAUAGUCCCAGUUACUCAAGAGGCUGAGGUGGAAGGAUCAGUUGAGCCUGGGAGGUCGAAACUAAAGUGAGCCGAGAUUGUGCCACUGCACUCCAGCCUGGGUGACAGAGUGAAACACUAUCUCAAAAAAUAAUAAAAAUAAAUAAAUAACAUAAUUUGGCAAGGAUACAGAGAAAUGGGAACCCUUAGACACUGUUGGUGGGAAUGUAAAUUGGUAAAAUCUCUACGGAAAAUUUGUGCAAAUAAAGUUAAAUAAAGAAAUAAGGAAGCCAGGCACAGUGGCUCAUGCCUGUAAUCCCAGCACUUUGGGAGGCCAAGGCAGGUGGAUCACCUGGGGUCAGGAGUUCGAGAACAACCUGGCCAACAUGGUGAAACCCUGUCUCUACUAAAAAUACAAAAAUUAGCUGGGUGUGGUGGCAGGUGCCUGUAAUCCCAGCUAUUCAGGAGGCUGAGGCAGGAGAAUCACUUGAACCCGGGAGGCGGAGGUUUCAGUGAGUCGAAAUUGUGCCAUUGCACUCCAGCCUGAGGGACAAGAGUGAGACUUCAUCUCAAAAAAAAAAAAAGAAAAAGAAAAAGAAAAGAGAUAAGGAAAUAAGCUAAAACUAAUAGAAGCUAUAUUUAAAACCUUUUGCUAUAACUGUUUAAAUAAAAAUCUUGUAAAAAAUCAAUUAUAUACAAAAGUAUUAAUCUUACAAGAAAAGAACAUUACUUAGGAAAAUAAUAAAAUCUGGAAGAAAGGGUAUUACUUAUACAAAUUAGUCUAUGGCAAAGGCAGGCAAAUUCCUUGAAAUAAGAAAACCUUUUUUAAUUUAAAUAAGAAAACACUAACCUGGCUUCUUUAUUUGAUCACCAUAUCCCACUGUCUCCACAACAGUCAAUUUCAACUGAACAUUGCUUUCCUGAAGUUCAUAUGUCUGAAUUUGAAGUCCAACAUUUGAGUAAAAAUGUAAGGAUUUGUUAUCUUUCAAGUUAGUAUUAAACAAUGUGUCAAUCAGUGUCGAUUUUCCAAUUCUAGUUUCCCUGUAAUAGACGUAGAUUCAUUGUCAUGGGGCAUAAAAGGGCUGAGAAGAAGCAACACUUUGAAUUCCUACAGUGGUUUUUAAAAUCUUAGAAAGUUUAACUCAUAGAAGUAGAGAGUAGAAUACUGGUUACCACAGGCGGGGGGAGCAGAGAGAAAGGAAAUAUGGAGUUGUUGGUCAAAGGGUACAAAGUUUCUAUCUUUUUUUUACUUUUAUUUUAGGUUUGGGGGUACACCUGCAGGUUUGUUACAUAAACUCAUGUCAUGAGGAUUUGUUGUAUAAAUUAUUUCAUCA